UUUAUUAAAACAAAAAACCUUUUAAUAAAUAGGUACCUAUAUUUAUAUUUGGAAAUCAUUCUCGAAUACAAAACAUAUAUUUCCGAAUCCCACUGUACAUCGCGUACGUGUAACUUGUCUAGGUCGGUGAAGUUGUUACCGGACGGCAGGACACUGAUAGUCGGUGGCGAAGCCAGCCGGCUGAGUAUCUGGGAUCUGGCCAGCCCAACGCCAAGGAUCAAGGCCGAGUUGAUCUCGUCCGCCCCCGCGUGCUACGCUCUGGCCAUCUCGCCGGACUCGAAGGUCUGCUUCAGUUGCUGCAGCGACGGCAGCAUUGCCGUCUGGGAUCUCCAGAAUCAGUCUUUGGUCAGGCAGUUCCAAGGUCACACAGACGGUGCCUCGUGCAUCGAUAUUUCCGCUGACGGGUCGAAAUUGUGGACCGGAGGGCUGGACAACACUGUGCGCUCAUGGGACCUUAGGGAGGGUAGACAGUUAAAGCAACACGACUUCACCUCGCAGAUAUUUUCCCUCGGUUACUGUCCCACGGGAGAGUGGUUGGCGGUGGGGAUGGAGAACUCGAACGUCGAGGUGUUAAACGCUACCACACCGGACAAAUAUCAGCUGCACCUGCACGAGUCCUGUGUACUAUCGCUGAGAUUCGCGUCCUGUGGCAAGUGGUUCGUUUCCACUGGCAAGGACAAUUUGUUGAACGCUUGGCGCACGCCUUAUGGAGCUUCGAUAUUCCAGGUUAGCAUGUAUACUAUAAUUCAAUAUUGAGAAAUUCCAUUAUCG